CCUUAUCGUUGGAAACUAACUCGAAAGGAAGGACUAAAGAAGAGAGUGAAGCUUCAAUGGUGAUUCUAUCAGGGAGCUUCUCCGUGAGAGCUGCCUUGGAUACACAGCCUAGACUUCCGUACAACCCUAACGCGCCUCGGAAAGCGAAGAAAACCCCUAACAGCAACUCUUUCUUACCGCCGCCUUUACCUCCUCCUCCACCGUCUCCUCGAAUCAGCAUCUCCGUCGACGAUUUGCUCAAGCGACCCGCAAGUAAAGAGUUGAGUGAAGAAGUUGAUGAUAGUUAUAUGGGAUAUGAGACGUGGUCUCCAAGUCCACCAAAGCUUGAGAAGCCCAGAUCAGUUUUCAAUGCUGCUUCUUUGGCUUUUAUAGGUGAUUCCAUUUAUGAGCUAUAUGCUCGUAGGCAUUUCCUUUUCCCUCCACUUAGUAUUGAAGAUUAUAACGAUCGUGUUAGAGCUGUGGUGCGCUGUGAAGCUCAGUAUGUUUUGCUGAAGAAACUUGUUGAUGAUGAUUUCCUGACAAAGGAAGAGAGGGAUGUCCUCAGGUGGGGAAAAAAUCUAGGCUCGGCUAGAACACGUUCAAGAAGGCGUGCAGGUGUUGCAGUUUAUAACAAAGCAUCAUCAUUGGAGACACUGAUUGGUUAUCUGUAUCUGACGAACGGGAAAAGAUUAGAGAAGAUAAUGGAGAAGCUAGGAUUCUCAAGCGACUCUUCGACUGAGAUCAUGAUUGAAAUGGCCAAGCCAAAGCCAUCAGAAUCAAACCUGCCUUCCUUUGUACUCAAUGAGCAAGUGUCAACAGUAGUAUAGUAAAGGUCGUUUACUCUCUCAGAUCAUGCAAACGCUGAAGGAUCAUCAGAGUUAGGCCGGUUUAGCUUUUCAUUGUUCACUGAACCGGAGAGUAUGUGUAUUGUGCGUACACAUCGUGAUACAUACGAAUGUGUAAAACUCCUACUGGUUCUCAAAUCAAAAUGCUCAUUUUUGUCUUCUGUCCCAA